GCAUGCGCAAUGUCAUAUUUGCUUCAUAUAUAGUCAUAUAUAGCGAUGCUUCAGGGGAGGAAGAAGAAACUGACACAGAUGUUGAGGAGCUCAGCCAGUUAAUUUCUUUGCUGGACGUUCCUACAGACGAUCAGAUGUCAGCCAGUGACUUCGUCAGUGUUGACUCAGAUGCUGAAACAGGCCACUCCCUGACUGAUGAGGAAAUUGUGGAAUUGGUUACUGCUACAGAUAUGGACGAUAGAGACGAAAAUGAAGAUGAUGACAGUGAUCCCCACUUGCUGUCACCUUGUCUGAUGCACUCGUUGCAGUUCACACUUUUACAACCUCUAUGGAACAAGAUUUCCUAUCUUUCAAGGAUGAGACUUGUGCUGUCCGAUCUUGCAUAGUAAACUGCAACAUAUUAGUGUUGUAUGUGCACAGCAACGUAGAAUUGAUUUGUAUUUUAAGUAACCACAUGUCAUCAUGAGUUUUAUCAGCAGAUUAAGAGCUUCAUUCUUACCUUUCCCUUAUUAGUCCGACAACUUAGAUAAUGAGGUUUGAUGUCGGAUUAUCCGAUAAUCCGACACCCUCAC